GCCCAUCGGAGCCCUGCUUCAUUUAAACCCGGUUAAAAGGUCGCUUACCCUCACCGGACGGUGACCCAGCUCCACAGUUUCCUCCCCGCUCCGGUCUCACGCUCCCGUCUGUUCCCAGGCCUCUCUCUCUCCCCAUCAUAAACGAUUCUUUCUCCCAGAAUUCCCAACUCGAACCCAAAAUUCGAGAGUAAAACCCUAGAAAAGAGAAGAAUUCCGAGAUCAAUAGCGCGGCCAUGGAUGUCUUGGCUCUCAAUCCCAAGAGCGGAGGCCCCGUCUGGGGGGCGGCGACGAAGAGGCUGGACAAGGGGCUGCUGGCCGUGAGGCGGAGCGCCGGAUGGAGGGUCCUCGGUAGAGACGAGGAGGUCAUCGGCUUCGGCGGAGGUCUCGAGAUCAGGGUUUCGGCGAGGAGGGCGGGGAGGGCUUCUUCCUUGAGGUACCGGUCUCUUGUGGUGAAGGCUACGGGCAAGAAGAAAAACCAUGAUAACUCCUCUUCUUCCAGAAACAACGAGCCAUCAAUUCCUGAGGGAGAUGGCUCUGAAGGAAUUCAUCCAUUACAUGACAAAUCAAAAUCCAAUGAGUCCGCCCACAAGUCCCAUCGUACAUUGUCUGAUUGGCGAGAUUUCAGAGCAAAACUUGUGCAUGACGAGCAGGUGCAAUUGGUAGAUCCUGAUGCUCUUACAGAGGACACAGCCUCAGAUGUGCCAUCUGAGCGGCUUGGUCUAAAAUGGGCCCACCCCCUCUCCAUGCCAGAAACUGGGUGCUUGUUAGUUGCAACUGAGAAGCUCGAUGGGGUAAGCAGUUUUGAAAGAACUGUUGUGCUACUCCUCAGAUUAGGAACCAGAGACCCAAGAGAGGGCCCAUUUGGAGUGAUUCUCAACCGCCCUCUCAACAAAAAGAUCAAGCAUAUGAAGCCAUCCAAUCCUGACCUCGCAACCACCUUUGCGGAUUGCUCACUUCACUUUGGGGGCCCUCUCGAUGCUAGUAUGUUUUUACUGAAGACCUGUGGUAAUUCGUCAGUUCCAGGCUUUGAACAGGUGGUUCCAGACAUUUAUUUUGGUGCCAGGAACAGCUUAGAUGAAGCUGCAGGACUUGUCAAGAAAGGGGCCAUUAGGCCCCAGGAUUUCAGAUUCUUUGUCGGAUAUGCUGGGUGGCAGUUUGAUCAACUGCAAGAGGAGAUUGAAUCGGAUUAUUGGGUCGUUGCUGCAUGCAGCUCACAAUUGAUUAGAAGCGCACUAGCAGAUUCUUCAUCCAAUCUGUGGCAGGAGAUUUUGCAGCUGAUGGGGGGGCAGUAUUCAGAAUUGAGCAGGAAGCCAAAGCAAGAUGGCUCUUGAAGAAGGUUGCGCGUGGCAAAUACUGGAAUCAUUUGUACAGAAGGUGCUUCUAAACUGAACUUAUAAUCUUAAUUCUAUUCUUCCCUACAAUUAUGUAGUUUCUUAUGCCCAAGUUCUUAUUUUUAUAUGAUAAAGACACCGAAAGUAAUUUUGAGCUUUGCUUUCAUUAAGAUGCAGAAUAACAGAUGGUAGCAUUAUGGUUUAAUCUGUGAGUUUAAAUUAUCUUGGUAAAAA